AUGGCACCAGCAACUGCCUUCUUAAUGGAUCACAUUCCGUAUGCAUUGGCCUUGGCGCUGCUCGGUUUGUACCUUGCGCAGUUGGUCAUUGCCAACCUCAUCAGGAACAGGGUCCAAGAAAAGCAGUGGGCAGAAGUUGAGAGCAAGCUUGAGACGGUUGGUGCUUCUCGCGGACCGUUUCGAUGGACUCGACGCUUCACGUCCGCCGUCUUCUCGAUGCCGAGUACUGCGACGGCCGGAUACAACAAGUUUUGCAAAGCUUUGAACCGACCGUUUGUGCUCCCGACGACCUGGACUGGAAGGGCGAUUGUCGUGGCGCCACCGUCGGCGCUUCACAAGCUCAUGACGAGGCCUGACAAGGGCCUCGCCGGCACCGGAAGCGACAUUACUCACAUCAUCGGGCUGAUUGAAGCCAUCCAGCUACCGUACAUCAUCUCCGACCCGGACAUCUACAUGAACGCCCUGCACUUUGACGUUGUGCGUCGCCAAAUGACCAAAAAGCACAUGCCCUUCUUCGCCGCCAUGACGGCUGACGAGAUUGAGGCCGCCUUUGGCGACAUCUGGGGAACGUCCAAGGAGUGGACCACCAUCAACGGCUGGGAUAUGUGCGGCCGCAUCAUUGCCCGCACUGCUGAGCGCAUGAUGCUCGGCCUUCCAUGGGGCCGUGACGAGACGCUGCUCGAGGCCUCUCGCCUGUAUGCCAACUCGGUCCUGCUCGGUGGCGCCGUCAUGAACUGCUUCCCGCCUUUUCUCCGGGGAGUUGCUGGCCCCCUGAUUGCUCUACGAGCAAAGUACUACCAAAAGCGCUGCGUCAAAAUACUCAUUCCUAUCAUUGAAGAGAGGAUGGCCAUCUACCGGGGUGAAAAGAAGGUCGAGGAAGUACCGGAGGACUUUAUUCAAUGGCUCAUUGCCACCUGUGACAAGGACGGACCGCACCAAAUGUUUGCUGACCGCAUCGCCAACCGACUAAUCGCUCUCAUGACGCCGCUCAUCUUUGCAGUGUGCUACGUGUUCGCACACACAGUCCUCGACAUAUACGGCAACCCUGACCGAGAAGAGUUCAUACAGGGAUUAGAGGACGAGGCGAAGCGUGUUUCGUCGCUUCACAAUGGCCUGGCAACGGCCGAGGCUGUGGAUGAGCUGUACCGGUUCGACUCGGCUAUCCGCGAGUCGAUGCGCAAGUCGGACGUGUCGGUCACCAGUCUCCAUCGAGACGUCACCUCGGGUGAAAUGGACCUCGGCAACGGUAUAAUCAUCGGUGAGGGCGUCCGUGUCGGCUUUCCCACUCAGAAUAUACAUAUGGACCCAGACAACUAUCACGAACCGGGCCGCUACGACGCAUUCCGGUUCAGCAGGCCCUUUGAGGGCAUCGACGAGGCCAGCCGGAAGACAGACGAGGCUCCCGAGCGAGAACUCAUUACGACACCUACCCAGUCGUUUCUGCCUCUGGGAUACGGCCGACAUGCCUGUCCGGGACGGUGGUUCGCGGCCAAUACGAUGAAGCAAGCGCUCGCUUUCAUUGUCAUGAACUACGACCUCGAACUGAUCGGCAAACCGAUCAAGCGUCAGAGCUUGUUGAAUACCAUGGUGCCGCCGGUCGAUGCUCAGAUCAGAAUCCGACGAAAGUCGUAG